GCCCCUUUGCAGGGAUCUGGAAAGUUAUUCGUGCCUAUAGCCGGGGCAGAGCUCGGGGUGGCUGGCUGGCUGGCUGCGGAGCGCUGUAGGAGAGCCCCCGGAGCGCACACGGGACCCCCCCAGUGCAUUGCGCAGUGUGGGGGGGCACUGGGCGGGGCUAAAGUUCAGCUCAUGGAGCCGCACAGCGCUGGCUGCACUUUGCAGAGUUGGAAAUGUAAAAGCCAGAAGCCAGCUUGACAGUUUUUUUUCCCUCUCUCUCUCCCUCUCUCUUUCUGUCUCUCUCCCUUUUUCCCUUUUUUUCCCCCCAAACACCUCCAAACCACCAAAAAAUCCCCCCCUACAAUUCUGCCCUCACAUCCAGCAGGCAUGUACUCUCCGCUCUGUCUGACCCAGGAUGAGUUCCAUCCCUUCAUUGAAGCACUUCUGCCGCAUGUCCGAGCCUUUGCCUAUACGUGGUUCAACCUGCAAGCCAGGAAGCGAAAAUACUUCAAAAAACACGAAAAGCGCAUGUCGAAGGAGGAAGAAAGGGCAGUGAAGGACGAGCUGCUGAGCGAAAAGCCGGAGGUCAAACAGAAAUGGGCGUCCAGGCUCCUGGCGAAGCUGAGGAAAGAUAUCAGGCCCGAGUACCGAGAGGAUUUUGUACUCACCGUUACAGGGAAAAAACCCGCGUGUUGCGUUUUGUCCAACCCCGACCAGAAAGGCAAGAUGAGAAGAAUCGACUGCCUCCGCCAGGCGGACAAAGUAUGGAGGCUGGACCUUGUAAUGGUGAUUUUAUUUAAAGGUAUUCCACUCGAAAGUACUGAUGGCGAACGACUCGUAAAGUCCCCUCAGUGCUCGAACCCCGGGCUUUGCGUUCAACCGCAUCACAUAGGAGUUUCCGUCAAGGAACUUGACCUGUAUUUGGCAUACUACGUGCACUCAGCAGAUUCAAGUCAGUCAGACAGUCCUAGUCAGCCGAGUGAGGCCGAUAUAAAGGACGAGCCGGCAAACGGACAUUCGGGAUUCCAAGACAGUUUUGUCACGUCAGGUGUGUUCAGUGUCACGGAGCUUGUCAGAGUAUCGCAGACACCCAUAGCCGCUGGGACGGGUCCCAAUUUCCCCAUUUCGGAGUUGGAUAGUUCUACAUAUUACAGUAUGAGCCCAGGAGCGAUGAGACGGUCGCUCCCCAGCACCUCAUCUACCAGUUCCACAAAGCGACUGAAGUCCGUGGAAGACGAGAUGGACAGCCCCGGGGAAGAGCCGUUCUACACGAACCAGGGCCGCUCCCCGGGCAGCGGCAGUCAGACCGGCGGAUGGCACGAUGUGGAACCAGGAAUGCCAUCGCCUACCACAUUAAAGAAGGCAGAGAAGUCUGGUUUCAGCAGCCCCUCUCCUUCGCAGACCUCUUCCCUUGGAACAGCAUUUACACAGCACCAUCGAGCUGUCAUUACGGGACCCAGAGCGAGUCCACACGCUCCUCCAUCCACCCUUCACUUUCCGACGUCGCCCAUUAUCCAGCAGCCCGGGCCGUACUUCUCUCACCCAGCCAUCCGCUAUCACCCGCAGGAGACUCUGAAAGAGUUUGUCCAACUUGUGUGCCCUGACGCUGGUCAGCAGGCUGGACAGGUGGGGUUCCUAAACCCCAACGGUAGCAGCCAAGGCAAAGUGCACAAUCCAUUCCUCCCUGCUCCCAUGUUGCCACCGCCGCCUCCGCCUCCGAUGGCAAGGCCUGUACCGCUGCCAGUGCAGGACACAAAGCCUCCGACGUCUACGUCCACCGAUGGAGGAUCCGCCUCUCCCACGUCACCGACCUACUCAACGCCCAGCACUUCCCCUGCAAACAGAUUCGUCAGCGUUGGACCGCGGGAUCCAAGCUUUGUAAAUAUCCCACAACAGACACAGUCCUGGUACCUGGGAUAAAAAAAAAAAAUCGCAGUUUCCCAUCAACCACCUGACAGACCACCGGCGCCUUCCCGUCUCUGUAACAAAGUAGCAAAGUCGCUUCAACACGGCGCGUUUACUUCAAGACAUCGGAAGGGGAAAACAAAGUCAGCAAACAGCAAACCUUCAGAAAAAAAACAAACAAAAUUCUUACGAGGUCGCAUGGCAAUGACCAUAAAUAUUUAGCCUUAUUUUAUUUGAUUUUUUUUUUCUAAUUAUUAUUUUUUUUCUCAACUUGGGGACAGAGGAAAAUUCUCCUUCUUGGACGGAAAAAGUUGGGCUUGCAUCAUUUGACUUGUUUCAUUGGUAGAAAAUGCAUUAGGUGAUGCUGUGUAGCCUUAGUCUGAGGUUAUAUACCGACGUGCUCUAAGACACUUUCCUAAUGAAGCCCACAUUUUUUCUCGAGAUGCUUCAAAAAACGUUGUUGAAGGGGAGGCCCCUUAUGGAAAAAAAAAAACAAUAGCGAGAAAAUUUUUUACAAAAUUUCAAGCACUCUUAAACUUGCAAAUUUACGUAUUUUACGUAAACCGGGAGCCGAUAUUUUCACAUGAGCCUCAAUUUUUUUUUUCUGGCGGCGACAUAUUUUUUUCAUCUAUUUUUUUUUUCAUUUUUUUGGUAAAAGAGGAAUUUAAUUCCUGCAAGUUCUUCCCAGAAAAAGAAUCUCAAAACUAUAGAGAUAUCAGUUGAACGAUUAAGAGGCAGAGAUACAUCGCCGACAUCCUCCAUGUUUUCUCGUAUAUAUGCAGAAUACUGAUUGACAAGAAAUGGUUAAAAAAAAAAAACACACACACAAGAAUGUGUUACAACAACUAGGACAAACAGCACUUUUAAAAAAAAAAAAAAAAAAUUAAUUUUUUUUUCCCCCAAAGUGUUUUUUUUAUAUUUCACGCCCCCCUUUGGAAGUGAUUUUUUUUUGUUGACAAGAUGACACUAGGAAGUUUUGUGAUGCUUGACAUAUCGAAUUCAAAAUGGACGCCCUUCCUCUCUGACACGGAGUAGCCAUAUUCAUGAUCGGGAAACGGUUAACAAUCGAGUCACAGAGCAAAAAAAAACUGCUACUGUUAAAAAUGUUAAAAAAAAAAAAUGCUGCACUUAUAAAUAAGCUUUUUUUUUGUCUGAAACAAAUUUUCAACAAUUCAGCAGAAACACAGCGAUGAUGGGAGGAUGGUCUGUUUUGACAGAAACUGACGGAAACAAUCGUACUUGGAUUGAGUAAAGUGCAAUUUCAUUGGAUAGGUAAAUAUCUUUGUAAGAUAGAGAUUGUUGAAAAUUCUAUUUUUUUUUUUUCUUUUCAAGUCCUGUCACCCCAGGACUCUAAAUUACGGGGUUAAAAAAAAAAAAACAGCCUUGCAAAAGAAAGGGGAGCUAUUUUUGCUUUUUAUGUUUUUUAUUGUUAAACGUGUAUCCCUUAAAAACAAGGAAAAUGUAAAAAAAAAAAAAAAAAAAAAAUUAUAUAUAUAUAUAAAACAUUAUGGUGCUUUUACCACAAUAUGUUAACUACAUUAAAUGCUAAGUAAUCAUUUUUUUUUUCUGUUAUCAAAGCACAUAACUAAAAUUGAAAUCAUAUUAUCGAUUAAUUUUAUAAGCUAAAGUCACUAUUAGUGGAAUAUGCCAAUUCAGACAAUUGCUACUUUUCCAGACGCAUAGGAUUUCGCCAGGCUUGCCGUCACCUUUAGGACUGUCCGGCUGACACCCACGAAAUGUUCAAAUAUUUUUUAAAUUUAAAAUUUAAAAUACGUGCGUCUUGGACGAAAGACACGCGGUGAUCUGGGGUUUAAGCACUUGCUGAACAAAAUACAAUUGGAUCGUAACCUUUGUGUAUUUUACGUACCUAUAAAAAAAAAAAUGUUAAAAAAUAACAAAAAAAUAACAAAAGGUUAAAAAAACAAACCCACAGGAAAUAAACUAAAAUACGAGUGAUUUUUUUUUUUUCUUCCAGACGGCGGAGCGUUUCUUUGCUUCGCAUGCAACUUCAAGAAAGGUUCCUAUACUAUAUAUAUAUAUAUUAUAUACUUUCUGUUUGGAUGGUCUGCCAAUCAGGAGAAAAUGUUUCUGCAUGUUCUAGCUGUAGUUACUGAUUUUUAUAUACUUAAAGUAGAAUAAGUAAAGUGCAUUAAGACAAAACAUUUUAAUCCCUAUUCCAGGCACCUGCCUUUUUACCCCACUAUGCUACCAGUAUAGCAUCAGCUUGCCCUUAAGGUAGCCAAAAAGUUAUACUAUGUUCGGCCCCCUAAAAGGGCUUUUGCUACUGUCCUAUACAAUCAAAUAAAUGAUAUUGUUGGGAAGACAAUUUGUUCCUCAUCUUUUAUUUUCGGAUUUUUUUUAAAUUUUUUUCUUUUUUAUUGCUUUUAAUAUUUUUUUUUCUGUUCUUCUUAACACUUUUUGGGCGCUGGGGGUAGGAGGGCAUAUAUAACGUCAUAGCGCCACCCCACCCUCCCCCAAUUCCCAAAUGUUUUAAUUUGCACGCAAAUGAAUAAAAUUCCAUAUUAAUGUGCCUUGCCCUGGAUAGCGAUUAUUUGUGGAAUUAUUGCACAUGUUCCUAUAUUAUAUAGAUAGCAGGGGAUAGGGUUCUUCCCCGUUCACUCAUUAUAAAAAAAACAAACACUUAUUUUGUUUUUCUCGUAAAAUUUUUACCUAUCGUCCGACAUUGCAGGCUUCACCGUGUAGGUAAAUAUUUUAGUUGUAUCCCACCAAUAGCCGUAGCGUGUUAAGUCUUGUAGUGUCUGUGCUGUUAUGCGUAGGAGAUCAGUAUUUUGGGGAAAUUUUUUGCUGCAUCGUGAAAUUUGAUUUUCAGUCUUCCUUUAAUAUUUUUUUUAUUUUUUUUUUCCCUGAUCAAUGAAAAUAUGCAAUACCUGCUUUUAUUGUGUAGCUAAAGCUUAGCGAAUUAUUAGAUUUAUUUUAUUGUUUUUUUUUUUUUAUUAUUAUUUUUUUUUUUUAUUUUGACCAAAGUUGGUGCUGCACUUGACGCAGUGUUGUUAGGUAUUAAGUCAUGUGACUUUGUGACUACGAAUGCACAUGCAGGACGAGGCCUCUUAGAAAUGCAGUUAGACUGUGAAAACACUAAGCUUGAGCCUGCUUUGAGCAAAUUUUUUUUUUUUUUUGUGUUACAACUGUUCCUAUCACAAACAAGCCUUAAAAACAAAAAAAAACAAAAAAACAUUUCCUUCGAAUUCCCACACCCCAUUUUUUAUUAGCAAGAGCGCAAUCAACUCACAUUCAACAGAAAGAGGUUACCAUGCCCAUUUUUAUAUGCACGUUUUUAAACUUCCAAGUUCUGGAGAAAAAGAAAAAAAAAGAAAAACGUAAAUUGUUUACUGGUUCUAUUUAAGAAGAAAAAAAAUAAUGUUUUUGGAUUUUUUCAUAUGUGUCUAAUACGUGGUGGAGUAGCUGUAACGUGUGAUUGUUUGUGAAUGUUGUCCAACUCCAGUUGUAGCUAUAGCGCCCCCUACCUUAUUUUUUUUUUUUUAGCACUUAGCUGGGCAUUACCUUUUUGACAUAUGUGCACUAACAGCUGCUUGCAGUGCUUCACAGUGAAGGGAAACGAAAGACAGCCAUGUUGUCAGGGCCUUGCCUUAACUCAAGGCGAUACCAGUAAAUUGGUUGUAUAUACAAUACACAUGCACCCUUUUAUAAACCAUACAAAACAAGCAAUAGUUUGGGCAGUUUUUUUUUUUUAUUUAUUUUUUUAUUUUUAUUUUUUUUUAUUUUUUUUUUAUUUUUUUUAAAUUUUAGCGAGUGUGUUUUCAACACGGCUGCAAUCAGAAAGAACACACUGCCCACUCAGACAUAUAAUUUGUACGUUGUAUAGUUUUAAUGAUUACACUGAUUUAACCUACCCAAUUUUAUAAUGCAAGACUUUUGUAAUGUUGUUGAAAUGCGGAAAAAAAUAUUGCUGUUGAUUUAGCUUAGCGGAAGUUCAGGUUGUUAACCUAAAAUUUUAUCUUUUUUUUUUUAAACAUUUUUUAUUAAUAAUUUUCGAACCUGUCUUUGGGAACUGGAUUAAAGUUAAAACUCUCCCGUUUCCUUGUUGUGUGUAUUUACCCACGGUCAUUUUUUUAUCUUUUUUUUUCUGUUAGGGGUUUAGCAGUUCCUGUACUUGUAAAGUAUAGCUCACUGAAUAUCUGUUGUAAAUGGAUAUUACUGGUGAUUUCGCACUAAGUUUUAUGGGUUCCGAACGAACUUACAGAUAAAAAAAAAAAGGGCAAUUAUUUUAACUAGGAAGGCCUGUUAAACAUAAAACACGUAUUCAAUGACAUUUACCCCAGGAGAACAUGUAUAUCGCUAAUAUUUUGGUUUAAAGAACAAACAUAGAUUUCAUUGAAAAAAAUUUGAAAUUAUUUGACAAACCUUCAGUGCAUGCUGGGUGUGCAGCUUCAGAUCAGCUCCA